AUGAAUGAAGCAAAAUUCCAAGAAUCUAAAAAUUGCCUUAAAAAUACUUUAAAAAUCCUAAAAAAAAUAUUAGAAUCAGUAGAAGAUAAUAAUGUAGACAUUAGUUCAAUUAAUGAUCUUAAGAUUUUGCUAAAUAAAGUAAAAAAUAAUUGUGAGUAA